UCAGAGCAGAGGAGUGUGGACCAAACAGCAGUCAGGUAUUUGCGUAGCAAGUCAAACACUGCCUUUGUUCUGGACUGUCAUUUCAGGACGUGUCGUAGUCGGUGACAUGAUCAUUUGGAAGGUUUUAUGCAUAAUGAUUGAGAGGAUUUAUCUUUUAAAGACAAACUUUUUGUUUCCUGGCACUUGAUGUGGGAUUCAUUAGCUUACACUGGCAUUAAACUGACUUUAUGCCAACUUUUUUAUAUUUUUGUUAAUUGCAUUUUUUAUUUUUUUUGUAUUUCUUUUUAUAAGUGUCUUGAUAUUUAAAGAUCUUUAACAUGGUAGAAGGAGCAACCUCUGAUCUGGCGCCCCCAGCUGCUGUCAAGGUCUUUUCAGCUGGAACAGCUGGCUGUGUGGCUGAUCUGGUCACUUUCCCUCUGGACACGGCCAAAGUCCGACUGCAGAUCCAAGGAGAAUCCAGGCCUUUAGUGAAAGGCCAGAGGGCAAAAUACAGCGGUGUGUUUGGCACCAUCGUCACCAUCGUGAAGGCUGAGGGGCCGAAGGGUCUGUACAACGGGCUGGUGGCAGGUCUGCAGAGACAGAUGAGCUUCGCCUCAGUGCGGAUCGGCCUCUACGACACCAUGAAACAGUUCUACGCAGGUGGAUCAGAAAAUGCUGGACUUGGGACUCGGAUGCUGGCAGGCUGCACAACCGGGGCGAUGGCGGUGGCGUUUGCUCAGCCCACAGACGUGGUGAAGGUCAGGUUCCAGGCUCAGGUCGGGCGGCCUGAGGCCGGCUCUGUGAAGAGAUACAGCAGCACAACUGAGGCCUACAGGACCAUAGCCAGAGACGAGGGCUUCAAAGGGCUCUGGAAAGGACUGCCUGAGCUGUGGCUUGCUUGGCCUGCCGGUACCCGUCAACUGCAUCAGGAGUCUCACAGGCCAACAUGGCCCGGCUCUCUGCCAAACAUAAUCCGCAAUGCAAUCGUGAACUGCUCCGAGCUGGUGACCUAUGACAUGAUCAAGGAGCUGCUGCUGAAGAACAGCCUGAUGAAGGACGACGUGCCAUGUCACUUCACGGCAGGCUUCGCAGCGGGCUUCUGCACCACAAUCGUGGCAUCUCCCGUGGAUGUGGUAAAAACGCGCUUCAUGAACUCUGUACCGGGUCAGUACGGCGGCGCCAUGAACUGUGCCUUGACCAUGCUGAUUAGGGAGGGACCCUCGGCUUUCUACAAGGGCUUCGUGCCCUCGUUUCUUCGUCUGGGCUCCUGGAACAUUGUGAUGUUUGUGAGCUACGAGCAGUUUAAGAGAGCUGUUGCAGGACUUCAGCGGGCCUGGGAGUCUCCUCUCAGACCUGUGUGAGCUGGUUUGGCAUUAAUCAGUAACACAGUUGGGCCAUAACCCGUUCAUCCUCAGGAGUAAAACUUGUUAAAAAAUGUUAACAGGAACAUGUGGAGCUUCCUGUUUGUUAGUUCAUUGAAAGUGAACAUUUAUUGAAAGAAACUUGAUUGAGGGAGAGUUUAAUAUGCGGGUGAGGUGUUGUGUGUCAUCACCACACCCGACAUGUCGGGAACUGCAGCAGGUUUUAUUAUUUGAGUUUUGAGUUCAGACUCUUUUAGUUUGCAAUCAGGGCUUCAAAUUUAACAGGCCAAAUAAUCAUGACCAUAAAAAUGUAUCACUUUUAAAUUAUUUUUCAUUGCAAUUUUGAAGUAAUUGCUCUCUUUAAGUCAUUUAAAAUGUUUUUUUCGAAUGGCUAAAAUAAUGAAUAAUACAAUUUUUUGUACAAAUGCACUGCCAAGCAAAGAAAAACAAACUCCAAAUAAAAAUCACCACCUGCAUUAAACUAAAAAAGAAAAAAUCAAAGUUAUGUGUCCGAAAGGUUCCGUGAUAAAAAUGUCUCAGAUGGGAAUUACAUACACAACUUGUGUAUGUGCGUGGAAAAGAUAUUGCUCACUUUCAGAGCGGUCACAUUGCUGGUCUGCAUUAAGCAAACAAAACCAUGAAGGAGAUCGCUGCUGAAACUACGAACAUUGCUAUUAGAACUGUCCAACAGGUUAAAACCUGCAAAGAUGGUGAUCAAGCAUCAUCUGCAAUUAUUUCUAGGCCCUGAAAAGACAACAGAACAAUCUGUUCAAAGACGUGCAAGAGUACAGGUUGUAUUGAAAUUAUUUUAAUGAUGUAGAAUAUUUUAGGUCCAGUUCAUGGCACCAAAAGAACUCCAGUCAUGAACAGCGCAUGAACAAAGACCGUCGGUGCGUCCGAAAUGCCAUACUAAACAGUAUAUACUAAAAAGUAUACUUAAGUUCGGCACACUUUUGAGUAAAUAUCAGUAGUCUGCAUUAAUUCGGACGUACUAUUAAGAGCCCACACGUCACUUCCUGCCGUUGGGAGGAAGUGAUGUGUCGCAGCAGCAGUAGCAGCACCGCUCCGCUCUUUCCCAUUUAUCCUGGCCGAAACAAGAUGACAUUAUAUAAUAUUAUUAUAUACGAAUAUUAUAAUAUUAAUAUUAUAUAAUAAUAUUAUUAUACUGAAUAUUAUACUUAUGACAUAUACGUAUCACUUAGCAACCAAACACCGCUGCAUUGCAUUGUGGGAAGUUUCUGCUUAGCUAGUGUCCAUCAAUCCACACUAAUACAUUUCUCCGGAAUGAGUAUGGAUAGCAAAUACUAUUGAGUACGUUCUAAUGUUUAGGACGUACUAAAAAAUCUCACAUACUGUUUUUGCUACUCAUUAGGGUGGAAGGAUGCAAUUUCGGACACAGCCCAUGUUGCAUGGCGUGUGUUACUGUACGUUUGAAACAGAUCCUGUGAGCACUGUGGGUUGCAGGAUCGACAGAUUCCCACAGUCGCCAUCAGGUUGGUUUCUGAGAACUCUGGAGGUUAGGUUAGGUGAACGUCUUUGUUUUCUCUGAGCCUUUCACCGCUCUACAAGAAGGUGGGUGACAGCUGUCAGAGAACGAGAUGAGCCUUCUUACUCACACAUGUACUGAAUUCAGUCAUUUGUGAGUCUUCUGCUUUUUCUGUAUUCCUGUUACUCAGUAUAAAACAGUUCCCUCACAAUGUUUACAUUUACAAGAACUGAAACUGCUUAAACUUAAACAAUUACUGAACACAGUAUUUUGAAAUAAAAGGUUAUUUGGUCCUUAAAUAUCAAAAACCUUUUGUCUUACUGUUGACAUUUUCCAAACAAGCUAAGAUUAUCCAGAUUUAAUGAAAACCAACUCAUAUUUUAAUUCUUUGUACGCCAUCAGAGUAAUAUCAUAUAUAAUGCAAACAAGUGACAAGCUCUAAGCUGUGGUUACAUCGUCAAUAAUCAAUUGACUUACAUUAUUGGAAAAUCAUUAAAGAUCUUAACUAAAAGUUUUAAUAAAGAUAUAAAACUUUGUUCUCUCCUUCAGCCGUCUGUGUUGAGUUUAUUUAGAUUUAUGUGUCAAGAUGCAUCACAGCACAGCACUGUUAAAAUAUGACAGAAACCACAUCAGUGACAUAAAUUAAACAACGUUUUGGUGUCAUAACUAAAAAGAAAAAUCAUUUAAAAGGAAGAGAUCAGUUAAACAUUGACCCAGAUUCACUCACAAUGAACCUCUGGGUCUGUCACUCCAAACCUGCUCCACGACCGGGUGCAGUUACAGAUACUCAUGUCUACAAUCGUCUUUACGUUACACCUUCCAGGGGAGCGAUCUGAAGAUAAAGCACCUCCAGCUGUGAGAAGGAUUUUUCAAUCUCGAUAGGACCCAAAUUGUGUGACCACUUUUUUUUGUUCCACGUUAUUCAGGGCUGAAAUAAACAGAUUGUUCUCUGAACAAAGCACGGAUGUGAAACUGAGGUGAGAAGCACAAAACAAUCAGCUGACAGACAGGAAAAUUGCCCAAGUUAAGUCUUGUGGGACAAAAGAGGUCGCUGACAAAGAUGUAACUGAAGUCUGUGGCGUAACAAAAGCCUGCGAACAACCACCACAUCACUAAUCAUCUCCUGCAGCACCUGUGAGGCGUCUUCAUGGUUGAGUUGGUCAGCUGCACUGGGCCCAGGUGCACCCUGGGUAACCUCUGGGCAGGCACAGGUGGGCCACCAUGGAGCCAAAACACAUAAGAGCAGAAUAUUCGAUGAAUACCGCAGCUCUUCUAUCAAAAACCUGAGGGAUAUGUGCGGACGGACAGGGGGAAGUGAGAGUUUAGAGUAAAGGAGAGCUUGAUGAUGAUGCUUCUCCGCCCUUGGCAGGAGUCUCUGCAAACAAACAACCGUAGAGAUUGGAUUUCAGCGAGCUGUUCAAGUUCAGAGGAAACACUGAUGUGUUCAGUCCUGACCCGGCUGCUGAAAGUCUUUAAACCAAUAAAUACCCACAAAGCUGAGUCACUCUGUGUAUAAAUUAUCCAAAAAUAAAAAUAUUAAGCCACUAUUAACAAUGAAGUGGGAUUGAUUUUGAUGUCUCCUUUAUGAAACUGUUAAGCAAACACACCGUGUCCUGCUCUGCUGCUGCAACAACAGAUAAUGUCAGAUACUUAUUUUAUUUUUUCUCUUUAAACACUCAACAUUCACAUUACUACUACAUAUUGAUGACAGUUAUAAGCCCUUAUGAACAUAAACACCUGCCUUUCACCCGAAGAGAGCUGGAAUCAGCUCCAGCAGACCCCCGUCAGCCUGAAUGGCAAGAAGUGGGUCUAGAUAAAGGAUGGGUCUACUAAUAGAGGUUUAAACGGUAAAAAAACAAAAAAAAUCUUUUCACGACAUACACUGCUGAAGCAUUAACGUAAGAAAAACCUGGAAAGAAAUAAGCCCAAAUCUGAGCCACCGUCUUUACUUGUGUGGAUGCCUCCUCUGCUGCACCGUCAGCGGCUGAAGACGGGCGGGCCUCGCUGGCCACCUGAGGCCUCGCUUGUGCAGUCCUGACCGUGGAAACUCAUCAUCGUCAUCAUCGGGACAAAAGGGUGAGUGCUGAAGACGCAGAGCAGUGUUUGCGUGGAUGCCAAGCGGCAGCAGGAACGGAGGGUGGCAGCAGGCGGGUAAGACGACGGCUGCACUGAGGCCGCAGAGCGGGUGGAUCUGUCCUGGGAAGGAUAGUAAGAAAUGCUCCGGGAAAACAUCACUGAGCGUGGUCUCUUCCUCGUGUCUGAGUAUCUCCUGGAGCUUCUUCACCAGGACCAACCUGAUGUGGUGGAGCCUCCGAGCACCGAGGAAGGAGUCCAAGGAAUCUGCGGAAAUAUUUCUGUCUGCAAAUCUCUGGAACAACGUCUGUGAGAGGAAACACAAACAUCUGCUCAGGGUUCAUUUCAGAAGCUGCAUUUGCUUUGAAUGUUACUCUCUUAAGUGGGAAAACAUGUGUUAUAUGCUACAUGUCAUACAUUUAUUACCCGAGGCAGCUAAAUGACUUACAGUUGUGAAAAAGAAAGUACAUCCUCUUACCUCAGUGAAUCAGGAUUAUCAGGUCCUCAAGCUCAAGAGUUUCAAAAGCAGAUAAUAAUCUGCAUAUUGCAACUGACUCUAGUAGUCAUGAACUAGGAUCCUGUAAUGUGAUUUAUUUACUCAUUAAAAGGGUAACAAAAAAUUUAAAAUUUGAAUUUUGAGGGUAAAUAACAAACACUUGUCAAAUGGAAUUCAUUAAAAGAUCAUCAGCAAGUGUGAGUCCCUCAAUAAAAGGUCUGGAACAUUUAUGUUUUUAUACAAUGCAAACAAGGUAAGACUUCAGCAAUGAUCUUCAAGAAGCAAUAGUUACUGUGUCCAUCAAUCUUGGAGGUUAUUAAAGACAUCAAUUAAGUUCACAGGAGAGUCCGAUGGAGUCUGUCUUCACUCUGACUGGGUGAAAGGUAAAGUACACCCAAAACAGGUUCAUCACAGCUUGAAGAUCAUGACACUACAGUUAUGCCUUGUUUGGAAGAGUUACUGGCAAAAGCCUUAUAAUCCUUGCUUGAAAAAGAGCAUGAAAGUACCCCAAAAGGUUUGAGAAGCUGGAUCUGACCAAACCACAAGAAUGAGGAUGUGAUAAUCUCCUCUGCACAGAUGAGAUCAAAGUAGUGUUUGACCAUAAUGUACAGCAGCACAUUUGUCAAAAGAAGAAACAAAACCACACACGGCACAUCAGCUCAAACAUGUCAUACCAGUUGUCAAGCUGGUAGGGAUGCUAAUUUGGGCUUGUUUUGCAGGCCGCAGCAUCUUUGAUCUAGAGGUCAUUAAAGUGACCGUGAGGUCCCCUGGCACCAGUUUUCUGAACGUGGACCUAAAAACACCUGAUAAAAAAAGCCUGGCUAAAACUAGGAUACAGCACCAGGAUGAUGUAAACCUGAAACAGACUGGCUGACUCGGUCAAGGUCGAGCCUCUAAUGCAACAGAAAGACUAUUUAUAAACAAAUAAUCACAAACCUCCUGCUAUCAUCUUACCUCAUUCUCCAUCUCUGCAUCAUUGAUCUUCUGCAGGAGGCACUGCAAAGCAUGAUGGAUGCGUUUUUCGGCUAAAAGGAUAUACAAAUGUUUUUUUGAUGUUAAUGGAAUAAAAAAUAUUGGAAUGUUUGUGUAAACUAAACCAGAAUCUUGUUCCAAAACUCACCAAGUUGUUCCCGUUUGGCGUUGAUGAGGCUUCUAAGUUUUUCCAGCUCCUUGUACUUUGUUGCAAGUAUCAACUUUGCAUCUCUAAGUUUGGGUUUUUGGGACAGACUGGCUUUUGCCAGCUUUUGAUUUGAAACUAGCAAAUUGUCAGCAGUCUCU